CCAACUCAGUUAUUAGUGCAUCGUUUAAGUGUCGAGUUUGUCGAGUAGUCCACGAUGAUGGCAUCUUCGGUUCCACUACAUCAGUAUCAUCAAGGUGGCACGGCGCAGCCGCAUCAGAUAAAUCCACUUAAUCUUCUGGCAGCUACCUGUAAUCGAAUAUACACCCACCAAACUUACCCACACACGCAGCUUUCUCCUGCCUCCACAACAUCAUGCAGCAGCGAUGGCUACGUUUCUCAAAUCCCUAUGGAACCCUCUCGAUCUCCAUUGGAGUAUUCUCCGCAUUACCAGCCAAGUUAUACUCAUGCUUACAGCAACCAAUAUUGGUUCCAACAUUCUCCUCCACACGGCGAUAUUGCAACCAGUGGGUAUCAACCGAAUCAUCAAAGUAUUAAUCAGCAGUACCAGUGGCCGCCGCAGACUAAUUAUAUGCCAUUCACGUCCAAGAUGAUGGUGAAACCCGAGAUAGGAUUUUCCUCCAAGGCCAGGCGGUGUAUCAAGUGUCAGUGUCCUAAUUGUAUAAACGAAGAAAAUGGACUUAAGAAACCCAGUGCUAAGAAGGUUCAUAUUUGCCAUUACCCCGGCUGUGAUAAAGUAUACGGAAAAACGUCACACCUUCAAGCACAUUUAAGAUGGCAUACAGGAGAACGGCCUUUUGUGUGCAAUUGGUUGUUUUGUGGUAAAAGGUUUACACGAUCAGACGAACUUCAAAGACAUUUGCGAACACAUACCGGUGAGAAAAGAUUCGCUUGUUCUAUUUGUUCCAAACGGUUUAUGCGAUCAGACCAUUUAACUAAGCACGUAAAGACACAUAAAAAUGGUACUUCUCCUACAACCAAGAAGGGCGAAAAGGAAUCAUCUAAAGAAGAAACAGAGUUAAAGUCUGAACCAGAACCACAGUUCAAACUCCAGUCAGUGUCCAGUGUACCUCCAGUUCAAAUUUCACAUUACGAAGCUCAGGUAGUGCAUCAUCCCAUGCCUCCAUCGUAUAGUAAUAACAUGUAUCUACAUAAUUACAACGAACAAUGAUAAUAGUGAUUUUUAUAUUAGCUGUAUCAUAUUAGGGACCAUUGUAGUUAUUUUGUAUAUAUGUAUAUAAUUGAAAAAUUGUAAAUUUUAUUUUUAUUAAUAAAUGCCAUAUUAUUUAUAGUAAA